GCGGGGGUGGGGCGCGGCGUCAGCGCGUCGCCGGCUGGGCCGCCCCGGUGACCAGGAGGGAGAGACGGAGAGGAGGAGGCGGAGGGGUAGGAGGAGGAGGAGGAGGAUUGUACCUUUGGUGUUAUAUCUCAAGGUCAUGGCCAAAUCAAGGUACCUCUGCACUAGCCAGGUUGGACAUAUGCAGAGAAAGACACCAGUAUAUCUGGAUCAUCAGUGGUACAAUGUGUUAUAGAGGUGGACGAGCUUGCAGACUGAAAUGGGGAUCGUCCAGAUUGUUCCCUUCCCUGGACCAUAUGGUUGUGCUUUAAGAAGACCACAGGGAAGAACACAUUUUCUUCUUGCCACAAAAGUUGCAAUAGAAAAUCUGAGACGGGUUGAAGGGCCAAUGAGUAUUCUCCUCAUUGAAGCAUUCUAUGGAGGGUCCCAUAAACAGCUGGUGGACCUGCUCCAAGAAGAAUUGGAAGACUGUGUCCUUUACACUCUUCCUGCAAAGAAGUGGCAUUGGAGAGCGCGGACAUCGGCUUUGUACUUCUCUCAGCAUAUUCCCAUCAGUGAGCAUUACAGGACCCUCUUUGCAAGCUCAGUGCUUAACCUGACUGAACUGGCUGCCCUUCGGCCUGACCUUGGGAAGCUGAAAAAGAUUCUCUACUUCCACGAGAACCAAUUGGUCUAUCCUGUCAAGAAAUGUCAGGAGAGGGAUUUCCAGUAUGGAUACAACCAAAUUCUCUCAUGCCUGGUGGCUGAUGUGGUGGUGUUCAACUCUCUUUUCAAUAUGGAGUCGUUUCUCACUUCUAUUGGGAAAUUUAUGAAGCUGAUUCCUGACCACAGACCCAAGGAUCUGGAAAGCAUCAUCAGACCCAAGUGCCAAGUUAUUUACUAUCCCAUCAGGUUUCCUGAUGUGAGCAGAUUCGUGCCCAAGCAUAAAGCAGCCCACUUACAGAAGAUGCUCAACCUUAAAGGAAACGGCGGUGCCGCUCCAUCCACGGCCCUUCCUUCCAGGCAGGAGCAGGGAAGUUGCGAGAAUGUGUUGGAUCAUGUUGAGCCAGAGUCUGGACCUUGUGAUGCGGCACAACAAGAGAGCCUGGGGAGCUCGUUGACGCAGGAGCCAUACUUGAAAACGUGUGACUCGUCAGAUAAUUCCAGCUCUCAUCAUGGGGAAAAUCAACAAAAUCCGUAUGACAUUUUGAGUGGGGUUGAUGAUCAACAAAGACCAUUGCACAUUGUCUGGCCUCACAGGUGGGAGCACGAUAAAGAUCCCGAGAGUUUUUUUAAGGUAUUAAUGCACCUUAAGGACUUAGGACUCAGUUUCCACGUAUCCAUCCUUGGAGAAACCUUCACAGAUGUUCCAGAUAUCUUUUCAGAGUCCAAAAAGGCGUUGGGAUCUUCUGUCUUGCAAUGGGGCUACUUACCCAGCAAGGAUGACUAUUUCCACGUACUGUGCACGGCUGAUGUUGUCAUCUCAACAGCUAAGCAUGAAUUCUUUGGAGUGGCAAUGUUGGAAGCUGUGUGUUGUGGUUGUUACCCACUUUGUCCCAAAGAUUUGGUUUAUCCCGAAAUAUUUCCAGCUGAAUAUCUGUAUUCUACACCUGAACAGCUUUCAAAAAGGCUCCAGAAUUUCUGCAGGAGACCUGAUAUUGUAAGGAAACAUCUCUAUAAGGGUGAGAUGACUCCUUUCUCCUGGGCGGCCCUGCGUGGCAAGUUCAGGUCCCUGCUCGCCACGGAACCAGGGGAAGGUUUGCGACAGAUGGGGCUCCCUCACAAACCCGCAGCCUAAGGCAGAGCCUGUAGAACUUUCCAGAGUGUGCCCAUAUUUACCUGAUCAGAGAGAAAAGAAAAUCUGCAGAGGAAGCCGAGCCUGGCUGCUUGUCAUAGCUGACACAGAGCCAUCUGCCACAAACCUGUGGCGGCUUCAGAUCUCCAAUCCCUGCCACCACCCCGACUCAAAUUAAACACAGAUUCCUAGAGACGUUAUGAUGGUUACACAUGUCCUCGGCAUCACAUGGAGGAGACUGUUCAAAAAAAAAUAUGUGGCCUGUUGUAUAACCGCGCUCAUGUAUCCCAUAUGUGGUGCCACAUUGAAUUUCCGGUUGAAUCCGUUUUUAUCCUUUGUACUGGAUGACAUGGUGCCUGAAUUCUUUCUUUUCGCCGACACGAUGGCAGCCAAACGGCAGCUUCAAACGCUCGCACUUGGCUGGGUUUCUACCUGGGGUGCCAGGUUAUCAUCGGCGGUGUCCUCCGAGGGCCAGGGCUCUGGAAGGGGGAUCAGGAUGCCCGGGACUAAUGGGCGGCCUGCCUCUCUCUCUCUCUCUCUCUCUCUCUCUCUCUCUCUCUCUCUCUCUCGGAGCUGUUUGUGGCAAAGGGCUGCUGUAGCACUUUUCUUUAGCAAAUGAAUGACUCCCUGGCACAGGGGUUUGUAAGUGAAGGUAUGCAUAAGGGGUCUGGCAGGUAUUCUGUGAUCCCGAGUUACAUUUGAGCUUCAUUUAUCUGGAAGAAAGUUGCAAGAUAAACAGCUGUAAUCCAAACAAACAUGGGGAAUACUCGGAGUGGGCCAGCUUGCCCAUCAAAUGAAAGGUGAGGUACCUGUUUUAAUUUUUUUUUUCAUGGGCAAAAACAGAGAAAUCAAAAUACUUCUAACAAAACCAGUCAUUUUGAUAUAAAUAGUCCUUGAACAUAUUUGGAUUCAGCUACAAAUAUAAUAUUUUCAAGACCAGUCACAUAAUUCCAAUACUCAGGUUGCCUGCAUUUGUUGAUGUAAAAGAUGUUUUGAACGGCGAGAUUGUAAAAUAAAUCUUUAAUAAAGUGCCCGCUGCCAUUUUUUAAUUAGCA